AUGACACAAGGUCCUUUGUCCGCUCUACGAACACUAGGAUCGGCUAAUCUCGACACGAUCGGUCUUGGAUUCAUUAUUCGCCACAAGAUACAACACAAGGUCCCUUUCGAAGGCAGCAUCUCCUACCAGGCCCUUUCACAACAAUGCUCCGUCCCGCUACCGCUUCUCAAACGACUCCUGCAGCAGGUCAUGACGACUUUCGUCUUUGCGGAGGACUCUUCGGGCAAUGUCACUCACACGGUCUUCUCCCGCUUCCUACGAGAUAAUGCGUACAUUCAAUGCCAGUUCCAAGCUGAUAUGGACGAGUCCUGGAGGCCUUCUACGAAAGUUGUAGACGCGAUCUCAGAUCCCGUCGGAGUGGUGGAGGAUACGAUCAAAAGUGCUUGGGGUCUGGAGAAUAAUGCCACGGUGCCGUUCUUUCAGGAACUGGAAGCCAAUCACCCAGAGCGCGCGGAGAAGUUUGCGCAGUUAAUGGUGUUUUAUGCUGGAAUGGCGAAGGCUGAGCCUGCCUACGAUCUCCCAGAGACUGUCGCCGAGGGAGAGAAGGCUAAACUGCCUGACACUGUCAAGGACAGAGUAACAUUCCAAGCGCACAAUUUCUUCGACUCUCAACCUCAGCGCGAUGCGGACGUCUACUUCUUCCGUGUGCUGUCUUCCACAACUGGAUAG